GAUCCACGGUGACCCCUCGGCCAGGCUUCCUGGCGCUGGCGGUGGUGGACGGCGGCGGCUCCUGGGAGCUGGCAUGGCAGGCCGGGAGCAGCAGUGCCAGAGACUGGAAGGUGGCCAGUGUCCUUCUGGGGGAACGCUCCCGGCCCUUCCGGCUGGAGUUUGUGAGCCUGGUGGACCUGGACGGCCCCGACCACCAGGGGGCUGGGGUGGACAACGUGACCCUGAAGGACUGCAGCCCCGCGGUGACCACCGACAGAGACAAAGAGAUCUCCUGUAACUUUGAGCGCGACACGUGCGGCUGGUAUCCCAGCCACCUCACGGACACACACUGGCGCCGGGUGGAGAGCCAUGGCCCUGGGUAUGACCACACCACCGGCCGAGGCCACUUUGUGCUCCUGGACCCCGUGGCCCCCCCAGCCCGGGGCCGUAGCGCCUGCCUGCUGUCCAGACCCCAGGAGCCUGCAGCCCCCGAAGAGUGUGUCAGCUUCUGGUACCACCUCCACGGGCCCCAGAUUGGGACGCUGCGCCUGGCCAUGCGACAGGAAGGGAAGGACACGCCUCUGUGGUCACGGUCAGGCACCCACGGCAACCGCUGGCACCAGGCCUGGGCCACGCUCGCCCAUCAGCCCGGCUCCGGCGCACAGUACCAGCUGCUGUUCGAGGGCCUCCGGGACGGGUACCACGGCACCAUGGCGCUGGACGACCUGGCUCUGCGGCCGGGCCCUUGCUGGGCCCCCAGGCGCUGCUCCUUCGAGGACUCGGCCUGUGGAUUCUCCACCGGUGGCCAGGGCCUGUGGAGGCGCCAGACCAACGCCUCGGGCCACGCCGCCUGGGGCCCGCCGGCUGACCACACCACGGAGACUGCGCAAGGACACUACAUGGUGGUGGACACGAGCCCGAGCGCGCUGCCCCGAGGCCGCGGGGCCUCCCUGACCUCCGAGGAGCACAGGCCCCUGACCCAGCCCGCCUGCCUGACCUUCUGGUACCACCUGAGCGUCCGCAGCCCAGGCACCCUGCGAGUCCACCUGGAGGAGACCGAGAGGCGCCAGGUGUUCAGCGUCAGCACGCACGGUGGGCUGGCCUGGCGCCUGGGCAGCGUGGACGUGCGGGUGGAGCGGGCCUGGAGGGUGGUGUUCGAGGCCGUGGCUGCGGGCGUGGAACGCUCCUAUGUGGCGCUGGAUGACCUGUUUCUUCAGGACGGGCCCUGCCCUCAGCCAGGUUCCUGUGACUUUGAGUCUGGGCUGUGCGGCUGGAGCCACUUGGCCUGGCCUGGCCUGGGCGCCUACAGCUGGGACUGGGGUGGGGGAGCCACACCCUCACGCUACCCCCAGCCCCCCGUGGACCACACUCUGGGCACAGAGGCAGGCCACUUUGCCUUCUUCGAGACGGGCGUGCUGGGCCCCGGGGGCCAGGCUGCCUGGCUGCGCAGCGAGCCUCUGCCGGCCACCCCAGCCUCCUGCCUCCGCUUCUGGUACCACAUGGGCUUCCCAGAGCACUUCUACAAGGGGGCACUGCGGGUGCUCCUGAGCAGUGCCCAGGGCCAGCUGGCCGUGUGGGGCGCGGACGGGCGCAUGCGGCACCAGUGGCUGAAGGCCGAGGUCGAGGUGGCCAGCACGGAGGAGUUCCAGAUCGUGUUUGAAGCCACUCUGGGCGGCCAGCCAGCCCUGGGGCCCAUUGCCCUGGAUGACGUCGAGUACCUGGCCGGGCAGAGGUGCCAGCAGCCAGCAGCCAGUCAGGGUGAGCCCGCGGCCCCGCGUGUGUCCGCCCCGGCCGCAGCGGGCGGCGCCAUUCUCUUCAUCACGCUCCUGGUGCUGCUGGGGCUCGGGAGGCGGUGCUGGCUGCAGAGAAAGCGGGGCUGCCCCUGCUGGAGCAACACAGAGACCACGGCCACCGGCUUUGACAACAUCCUUUUCAGCGCGGAUCGCGUCAUCCUCCCAGCGUCUGUCACCAGCGACCCAUAGACCACCCUGACGAGGCUCUGACCCUUCACAACAGACCCCGACCAGGAACCAGACUCCCCUCCAAAGCACACUGAGCCUCCGUGUCCCUCCCCUGUGCCAUGACUGUUGCCCCCUAAAUAAAUGCUCGGCCCACGAGGGCAGCCCAAGCUCCA